UGAUUUUAGCAUGUCCAUGCCUUCCUCACAAGAACUCGAUGAGCUUGCUGUGGAGAAUUUUCGCACCUAUCUCCGCUUUCCCACUGUCCACCCUAAUCCCGACUACACCGCUGCUGUCAACUGGCUCGAAAAUGUGGGCACUGAAUUAGGUCUGGAGUGCUUUGUCACCGAAAUCGUAGCGAACAAUCCAAUACUGAUAAUGCGCUGGUGUGGAAGCGAGCCUUCCCUUCGUUCCAUCAUGCUGAACUCGCACAUGGAUGUGGUGCCUGCUGAGAGGGAGAAGUGGUCACACGAUCCAUUUGGUGGCGAGAUGUCGUCGGAGGGGAACAUUUACGGCAGAGGAGCUCAGGACAUGAAGUCGGUGGGUAUGCAGCAACUCGAGGCUGUUCGUCGUCUGAAGUUGGAGGGCUUUGUUCCUCGUCGAACCAUCUACCUCACCUUUGUGCCGGAUGAGGAGGUGGGAGGUGGGCGUGGGAUGCAGCCUUUUGUUGCGGGCGUUAAGCCGAAUCGUCGUGGUGCUCGCGACGAGAUGAGUUUUGCAGAGAUGAAUGUGGGACUGUGUAUGGAUGAGGGAAUAGCAUGUCCACGACCGGACGUCUUCUAUGCCUUCUACGAGGAGCGCUCGCCAUGGUGGGUGACUUUUCUGAUUCCCGGCAAGUCGGGACACGGCUCGAGGUUUAUAGAGGACACUGCGGUGGAGAAGUUGCAUCGGUUGAUGGGGAGGUUGUUGGCGUAUCGGGAGUCGGAGAAGAAGAAGUUGGAGGAGAUGAAGGGUAACGAUUUGGCUUUGGGCAGUGUAGUGACACUGAACAUCAAUGUCAUCAGAGGUGGAAUUGAAGCGAAUAUUGUUCCCUCUGAAAUAGAAGUUCAAGUCGAUUUCCGUCUCCCACCAACAAUAGACUUUGAUGCUUUUGAGGGUCAGCUUUACAAGUGGGCAGAUGAAUCUGGAGAGGGCAUUGUGAUAAAAUAUAAUCAAAAGGAUAUGUCUACUACAGGACAUGGCAAAUUAUCAGUCUCGCGCGUAUCAAGUGAUCCAAUUUUAGAUGCCUUGAAUUCAGCAGCAUGUUCGGUUGGUGUGCGCCUUGAAGUGGGAGUCUUUUUCGGUAGUACUGAUUCUCGGUUCUUGCGACGGUGGCACAAUUCCCAUGCAGGCGGAAAUCCCAUAAGAGCCUACGGCUUUUCGCCGUUGUAUGGCGUCCCUGUCCUCCUGCAUGAUCAUGAUGAAUUUCUCACAAGGAAAGCAUUUCUUACUGGUAUUAGGGUGUUCAAGCAAUUUCUCUCCGAUGUCGCCAUGAUGGUGAACUUUAAUUCCAAGGACAUGGGCACUGGAGGCCACGGUUGUAUGGACAUUCCAAUUGACUCGCAUCCCAAUGACGUAUGGUGGAGC